AAUUAGUUAGAGUUUAGAGAAACAGAAAACUAAAGAAAAAAAAUAUGCAAUCGGCGAAACAGAAGAUAAGCGAUAUGGCUAGUACAGCCAAGGAGAAGAUGGUGAUAUGUCAAGCAAAAGCUGAUGAGAAGGCAGAGCGGGCGAUGGCGAGGACGAAAGAGGAGAAAGAGAUAGCGCACCAACGGAGAAAGGCGAAGGAAGCAGAAGCGAAUAUGGAUAUGCACAUGGCUAAAGCGGCUCAUGCGGAAGACAAGCUUAUGGCUAAGCAAUCUCACUACCAUGUUACUGAUCAUGGUCCCCACGUGCCUCAACAAGCGCCUGUACCGGCUCCCGCACCGGUUAUGGGACACGGUUACGGGCAUAAUCCUACCGGAGUUACCUCAGUGCCUCCUCAGACCUAUCAUCCGACUUAUCCUCCGACGGGACAUCAUAAUCAUCAUCACUACUAAUCCGACCUACUAUCUUUUUAAAAUAAAAAAAAAUAACCUGAUUAUACGUGUGGGGCCUUUAGUGGUUUUCUUAGUUCUUAGGCAUGUGCUUAAAAUUAAGUGAUUAAGCGUUGAGUUGAUGUUUGCAACUUUGCGUACACGUUUGUUGAUAAAUAUUUUGGUUAUUCCAUGCACUAUCUUGUAUGUCAAGAGCGUGCGCGACUCACGACAUCACUUCCAUUUGACUUUCUGAGUAUAUCAUUCAUUUAAUAGAAAGUUUGCACUUAUAAACCUGGGAAAACCAGUACAAUCCCUUAGCACCGGAUCCCAUUCUUGACAAGUUUUUCCUCCGGCCAAAAUUAUUUAGAAAAAUGCGUUUUCAGAACCUAAAUACUAAAUUGGUGUCAGCUGAUUUAUAUUGUAAAGUUGUG